UCCCAUAUGUCUGGGGUCGGCCGAGAAUUUAUUUCGUUACAAUAAAACUGUAUUAGAAAAGAAAUCUUUAUAUACAAUACAGGAAUUUAAUUUAAACUGGGUUUUAUUGAAGAUAUACUAAGUAAAAUGAGUAAACUCAUUCCUUCCGCCGCUAAGCUCUUUAGCGGAACUUCAGCGAUCACGAAAGCGGCCGCCCCAGUUGCAGUCACUUCGAACGCAAAAUACAGUACAAAAUCGGAAUCUACAUUCGAAAUAAAACCUUUCAAACUCCAUAAAUUGGAUAAAGGUCCCGCUCAAUCAGCUACACUUACUGCUGAAGAUGCUCUCAAAAUGUAUGAAAAACUUGCAGCUCUUAGGAGAAUUGAAACAGCAUCAGGAAAUUUGUAUAAGGAAAAGAUUAUUCGUGGUUUCUGCCAUUUGUAUUCAGGUCAGGAAGCUGUAGCAGUGGGCAUGCGUGCAGCAAUGCGUGACGUUGACACUGUUAUCACUGCUUACCGUUGUCAUGGAUGGACGCAUUUGAUGGGUGUCAGUUUAGUCGGAGUCUUGGCCGAGCUGACUGGCAGGAGAUCUGGUUGUUCGAGGGGCAAAGGUGGUUCAAUGCAUUUGUACGGGAAAAACUUUUUUGGUGGAAACGGUAUUGUAGGAGCUCAGGUACCACUUGGUGCUGGCUUAGCAUUCGCUCACAAAUACCGUGGAGAUGGUGGUGUUAGUUUCGCUUUAUAUGGUGACGGAGCAGCUAAUCAAGGACAAUUGUUUGAAGCGUACAAUAUGGCUAAACUAUGGGAUCUUCCGUGUGUGUUUGUAUGUGAAAACAAUGGCUAUGGUAUGGGUACAAGUGUGGACCGAUCGUCCGCAAGUUCUGAAUACUACACACGAGGCGACUACAUCCCCGGCAUUUGGGUGGACGGUAUGGACGUGAUCGCGACUAGGGAAGCCACCCGGUUUGCCAUCGAUUACUGUUCCAGCGGAAAAGGCCCGCUAGUGAUGGAGAUGGAGACAUACCGCUACUCGGGCCACUCGAUGUCGGACCCUGGCACGUCGUACCGCACGCGAGAUGAGGUGCAGGAGGUGCGCCAGACCAGAGACCCCAUUACCUCCUUCAAGGAGAAGAUCAUCGCCAGCGAGCUCGUGACGCCCGACCAGCUCAAGGAAAUUGAUACAAAAGUGCGUAAAGAAGUAGACGAGGCGACUAAACAAUCCAAAUCUGACCCCGAAGUGGGCAUCGAAGAGCUCUCCGGAGACAUUUACUACAACAAUCUCGAGCCCUUCAUCCGCGGUGUUCACCCCGACGCGCCUUUAGAACAUAUUAACGUUAUGCCACGCAAUUAAACUUUUAAAUAUUAAUAUUCUGCUACAAAACUAUUGUUACUAGUUCUUAUUGGACCUCGUAUCAAAAUCUUUUUAUGCCCUCUUAAUUUUAUAUGGGGGGAAGGGGGUUAUAAUAAUUAUUUUACAAGAAUUUAUGUCUAGAGAUGUAAGGAGUGUGGAAGAUCCCUACAGGGUUCAAGAAGUAUAGGGGGCCCCACAGUAACAUAUAAAGACCUAGCUACGCUACUCAUAGCAGCGAGUAUAUAUAUGUAAAUAUUCUUGAUAUGGGCAUAGCUCAUUGAUAAUUUUUCAAUCAAUGGACGAUAGUAAAUAUAGUUGCCAUGGUAGAUUUUAAUUUAGUAGCAGAAUAAACACAUUUUUAUUUGGAUAAAUAGAUCUUAUAUAAAUUGUAGAUUAUAUUAUAUUACCAACAAGAUUAAAAGUUAAUAUAGAUUAUUAUUAAAAAAAUGUUACCUGUUGUUGUGUAAUUCAUUUACGACUCAUUUCGAUAUUCAUUUUAUUUUUUAUUUGUUAUUUUUUUUUUCAUAUUUUUGAAAACUGCCAAUUCAUA